AUGGCGUCCGAUAUGCCCAUAACUACGGUAUACGUUCAAAACUUGGAAGAGCGGGUGAAGCCUGAAGUGUUGUCGGAAGCAUUGAAGACCAUCUUCUCCGAGUUCGGGAAUGUAAUUGAUAUCGUGGCCAAGAGAAACCUCAAGGCAAAGGGACAGGCAUUUAUUGUGUUUGAUCAACCCAGCGCCGCUCAAAAUGCCAUCGAAGAGGUCGAAGGAUUCGAGCUCUUUGGCAAGCCCUUGAGAGUUGCGAUGGCCCGGAUGCAGAGCGACAGAACCGUCGAGAUCAACUGUAGCAAGGAUGAACUCGAGACUCACAAGCGGCAUAGGCAGGCAGAAAAGGAUAAACGCAAGGCGCUCGAGGCAGCCGACGAACAAAGGCAGCUCAAGAGAGGUGCCGCUGCCGCAGCCGAAGCUCGACCAUCGAAAUCAGCGAAGCCGUCGGGCUUGAAGUCCACCAGCGCCCCAGCAUCAGCUGUCGUACCAGACGAAUACCUGCCACCGAACAAGAUUCUCUUUAUCCAGAAUGUCCCCGAUGAAUAUGAUAUUGACGGCCUCAACGCCAUCUUUGGCCGGUUCGAUGGGUUCCGAGAAAUUAGAUUGGUUCCAGGUCGACGCGGAAUUGCCUUUGUUGAGUAUCAGAAUGAACAAGGCGCUAUUACGGCGAAGGAGAAUACUGCUGGAAUGUUGUUAGCGGAUAAACCAAUCAAGGUUACCUACCAACGUCAAUAG